UCCAGUGAUAAUGAAUAGUAUCCAUUAUAUGGGAUGGCAGAUAACAAAAUUAUUAGGUAUGUCUAUUGUUAAUCUUAAUCCUUCCUGUGUGCAUAGCAAACCCUACCCAGCCUUAUUAGGUAUGGUUUCACUAGUUUAUGUUAGGUUAAACCAAGGUGUAAAAAAAAAAAAAAAAAAAAGCGGAACUAACCAUGAAAACCAAAGAUGCCUAUCGAAAAAAUUACCAUUUCCUUAAAGCUAGAAUCAUUGGCUGAAUGAAACUGAAAUGACCAUUUUUUGCAUUCAUGUGAUUACUAAUUACUCAUUAUCUCUUUUAGGCACAAAGAAAACACACCUUGGAUGACGUGUGGAACUUUUUGAGAACUGGGGACACUGAAAAUUUCAACAGCAAGUGUUACUGUAUGUAAAGCGUAUGUACCUCACAUCAUUAUUCCUUGGCAUUCAUAAGUGAAAUGUUCAAUAGUUUUCUAUUUGCAUGAAAACGUGUAAUAUGUGUAAGUAUCAGUAUUCAAUGCUAUGUUAAGCACCAAAGCCGAUGUUCACUUGUUAGUAGAGUGUGGUUAACCCACUGGUCGCCUGCAGGCGUCACUCAUGGCCAAGUCGCGCUCAGACAAAGACAGGCAGGAUGGUGACCGAGGUAAAUACUUUAAUUUUGUAGUAAAAACUGAUUGUCAUAGUGCCAAGUUGAUUGCAUGUAUUGUUAAUGAAUAUUGUAAUAUGUUGAAAGUGUUUAAUAUCAGUGUAUAAUGUUAUUUUGUAAGAAAUUGAGACCGAUAACUUGCUUGCAGUUCUUACGAUCAUGCCUACCUCGUUAAUAAACGUCAGAGAGAGAGAGAAUUGCCUAUCCUCGACCCUACGAUGAUGGGUGUGAUCAGUAAAAGAGAUCACCUGAGAGCCAAUUGAUGCCCAGCCAGUGCUGCCACAUGCUGAGGACAUCGGGUGGCGGUCGCAGGUGAAGGAAGAGAAGGAGUAUGUCCUGGCUUAUUAAAGUGCCAAGUUCAGCAAGCCAGAAUGAAACUAUUGUGUAACCAGAAAGGAGUUAUUGCCAGUAGUGUAGUCUGGCCCACUUUCACUCCUACCUCUAUGGGGUUGAGUUUGUCAUCCAGACUGAUCAUGCUGCUCCCCGGUGGCUGAAAACUCUGAAGGACCCGGAAGGACAGCUGUGGAGAUGGCUGGGCUACCUGAAGGAGAACAUUUACCGUGUGGUACAUCAGCCAGGGCUGAUUCACGGCAACGCGGACAGCUUGAGCCGUUGACCUUUUCGAGCUGGAGUGCUUGCACUGCUCCAUGCGUGAGGAAGCUGUUACCUGUCGUCACCUGCAAGUGGAAAGUGGACCCAGCGAGGCCAGCCAGCAGUGGACUGACGUGCAGCAAGCAGACCCUAGUGAUGUGGUGGCUGGAGAAGGGCGAGCGACCGGGCAAGGAGGAAUUGUCGCCGGAGAGUCCUGCCAUAAAAGUUCUGGUAGAGCAGUAGGUGACGCUGAGACUACAAGAUGGCGUGUUGCAGCGAUGCUGAGAGGAUGCGGCCACGGAGGAGCAUGUCUGGUUACUGGUGGUUCCCCUCUUUUUCUGCGCCAAGCUGCUUGAGGAAGCUCAUGAUGGUGUCUCUGGUGGUCACAUGAGGCAAAAGAAGACUCUCUGGUGCCUUCAUCAGCGAGUGUACUGGGUCAGCAUGAGACGGGACGUGGAGAAAUGGUGCAAGUUAUGCGCACUGGUGCUGCCAAGAAAGGUACACGCGCUCCACUCUAACAGUUCGGUGCGCCCAUGGAGCGAGUGGCAGUGGAUAUUGCCGGACCACUUCUCCAAGUGGCCAGGCCCCGUAUACAUAAACAUUUUUAACAGGCUAAAAUUACUUUUACUGCUAAAAGUUCCUUGAAAGUAAUACAUAAUCACUUAUAAGACCCAAAAGACUUUUAAUGGCUAGUGAUGAGGGGUACUCCUAAACUCCUAAAAUUACUUUUAGGCGGCAGGAUGACGGUCCAACAUCUAAAUUUUCAGCAGAGGCAUCCUAUAAGAGUAUAGUUAUGCUCAGCUGAUCAAGUGUUCUGCCUGUCCUUGGUGACAUUCUGUAUGUGAUAGAAGUUGUGAGGGAUGCAAUAUGGAGUCAUACAUUAGGGAGUAAGAUGAGAUAAAGGCCAUAACUUCGGUAAAACGCAGUCAUCAGUCAAAGCCCUUGAGGCUCACGCACUACACGGCAUCUUCAGAUUUAUUCUCUCUCUCUCUCUCUCUCUCUCUCUCUCUCUCUCUCUCUCUCUGAUGGAUAUUAUGAUGAGAUAAACACAUUAUAUAAGCUGCUGGAUUCCGCACUUACACAUAAUUUUUUUUAUUCUUUUAUUUAUUUAUUUAUUUUUAUGUAGGAGGGGCAUUGAUCAAGGCCAGCAAAAAUCCAAUAAAAAAAAAAAAAGCCGACUGAGAUGCCAGUCCCAGAACAAGGUCCAAAGUGAUAAUAAAAAAUUGAAGGAUAAGUAUCUUGAAACCUCCCUCUUGAAGGAAUUCAAGUCAUAGGAAGGUGGAAAUACAGAAGCAGUUACAGAGUUUACAAGAGAAAGGGAUGAAUAAUUGAGAAUACUGGUUAACUCUUGCAUUAGAGAGGUGGACAGAAUAGGGGUGAGAGAAAGAAGAAAGGCUUUUGCAUCGCGAGGCCGCGGGAGGAGGGGAGGCACGCAGUUAACAAGAUCAGAAAAGCAGUUAGCAUGAAAAUAGCGGUAGAAGAUAGCUAGAGAUGCAACAUUGUCGUGAUGAGAGAGAGGCUGAAGACAGUCAGUUAGAGGAGAGAAGUUGAUGAGACGAAAAGCUUUUGAUUCCACCCUGUCUAGAAGAGCGGUAUGAGUGGAAAACCCCCCCCAGACAUGUGAAGCAUACUCCAUACAUGGACGGAUAAGGCCCUUGUACAGAGUUAGCAGCUAGGAGGGUGAGAAAAAUUGGCGGAGGCGUCUCAGAACGCCUAACGUUAUAGAAACUGUUUUAGCUAGAGAUAAGAUGUGAAGUUUCCAGUUUAGAUUAUAGGUAAAGGACAGACUGAGGAUGUUCAGUGAAGAAGAGAGGGACUGUUGAGUGUCAUUGAAGAAGAGGGGAUAGUUGUCUGGAAGGUUGAGUCAAAUUGAUAGAUGGAGGAAUGGAUAGUUGUCUGGAAGGUUAUGUCGAGUUGAUAGGUGAAGGAAUUGAGUUUUUGAGGCACUGAACAAUAUUAAGUUUGCUAUGCCCCAAUCAGAAAUUUUAAAAAGAUCAGAAUUCAGGCUUUCUGUGGCUUCCCUAUGUGAAUGUUUACUUCCUGAAGAGUUGGAUGUUUAUGAAAAGAUGUGGAAAAGUGCAGGGUGGUAUAAUCAGCAUAGAAGUGGAUAGGACAAGAGAUUAGGAAGCAAAAUAUGUAAAUACGGCAUGAAAUAAAGCUGUGGAAAGUAAUUGUAACUCAUGACACCGAAAUUAAUUUUAAAUUGUGUUUUGGCAAGUGUGUGUGUGUGUGUGUGUGUGUGUGUGUGUGUCAAACAAACUUAAUCAGUCACCACACAGUCCAAAUAAUUGGAAAUUAUCUUUCUGCGUUCAACUUAAUAACUUCACCCAGACACCCCACCCUUGCUGAGAGUAAGUACAAUUUAACAAAUCCUUCUGAAUUCAACCCAACUUAGUAACCAAGUCAUCUCACAGCCGUUUGUAGGGAGUAGAAUUUAAUAAAGCAUUCAGUCUAACUCAACUAUUUCCACAGCUGCUUCCAUGAAUAAGCAGAAUUUUUAAAAUCAUUUUGCACUAAGCAAAAACUAGCAUGUCAUCCAAUUAGCCUGACAGAGCUGCCUCUCUUUUACCUUGAUUUGGUCAAGCUGACCCCACCAUUGUUGUGAUGACAUCCCAGGGGCAGGUUCGAGUUUGAACUCGCCUCAUGUACAUGAAGCGUCUUCUUCAUUUCUUUCCAAGCGCCUCAGAAACAGGCAUUUUCCGACGCAUUCCUUUCGCGCAGGUUUCCUGGGAGCUUCAUAACCAUACAACUACCCUGGACUGUGAGCUUUCUAAGCACUUGCAAGAAUUGUGGGCAGGAAGAGGGGUGGAGCGAAAGCUACUCGGAAAAAAUGGCACUGGAAAGAAUGGCACAGGAAAAAAUGGCACAGGAAAAAAUGGCACAGGAAAAAAUGGCACAUUGUUUAGCCUAGGAAAAAAUGGCACACAAGCAUAUACACCGAUAUCUGAAACUGGAUAAUUAUUAUUAUGUUAUAAGUGUUCGAAGCCUAUAUUGUUAUGUUAUAAGUGUUCGAAGCCUAUAUUGUUAUGUUAUAAGUGUUCGAAGCCUAUAUUGUUAUGUUAUAAGUGUUCGAAGCCUAUAUUCGAAAUCGAUCAGAAGUUUUCUUGGCUCACGUUGUGAAUAAUUUGAUUAGUGGACUCUGUGGACUUUUUUUGCGAUGGAAAUUAUCGAAAGCAACAAGGGAGGUCUCAAACUGUGUUACAGUGGAUACAUGUAUACCAAGCAGUGGUCAAGAGGUGAAACGGUGCGGUGGAGGUGUGUCAAGCGAACACUUUCAUGUAAAGGGGCAUUAACAACAUCUCUUCAAAAUGAAAACCCAACACUUUUAACAGAACACAAUCAUGAUGGUGACGAAAGUGCUAUUGAAGCAGCCAAGUGUAAGUCUAGAAUGAAAACAUUAGCAAAAACUACCAGAGAUAAACCUGGUCAAAUAUACGCCCAAAAUGCCUUAACCAUGAGAACCCAAGCGCAGGCUCAUUUCGUAUCACAAGAACAUUGUAAACGACUGAUUCGGCAUCACCAAAGCGCCAAUCAGCCUCGCGACCCUGCUUCAUUACAGGAACUUGUUAUCUCGGGAGAAUGGGCAUCAACAGGUGGACCAGAACCACAACCGUUCCUGAUUUAUGACAAUGGUCAAGACAGUAACAAUCGCAUUAUUGUUUUUGCAAGUGAACAGACCCUACGACAUUUAGCAAAAUCAGACAUCUGGAUGAUGGAUGGAAAUUUUGCCAUGGCCCCUCCUAAAUUUACACAAUUGUAUGUAAUUCGUGUUCCUCUCGGAAACACUGCUGUCUCCGUUGUUUAUGCAUUCCUUCAACACAAGACUCAAAACACCUAUGAACAACUUUUUACGGCAGUUCUUGAGAAAUGUGCAGAGUACCACCUGUAUCCAGACCCUAGAACCGUUAUGCUUGACUUUGAACAAGCAACUCUACAGGCCAUCACGGCAAUACUGGGAUCGGAAGUUACUAUUCGCUGCUGCUUCUAGCAUCUGACACACUCAUCAUGGAGAAAAAUACAAGAGUUAGGGCUGGCAACUGUGUACAAGGAAAAUGAGGAUAUAAAGUUGUUCUGUGCUAUGGUCGACAGUUUAGCUUUCCUUCCCCUAGAGGAUGUGUCUGCCGGCAUGAAUUACCUCAAACACAACACACCAGAGGGCAUGGAGCCUUUCGUCACUUACUUCGAUCAGACCUACGUAACGGGAACUUAUCGACGAGUCCAAAGACAGCAAGAUGACAAUGAGAUCCCAAGAGUUCAGCUCCGCCUCAUUCCUCCACGGUUUCCUCCAGAAAUCUGGAAUGUGCAUGAAGCAACUAUUCGAGACGAGUCUCGCACGAACAACUUAUGUGAGGGAUGGAACAAUCGAUACAGCAGGUUGGUUGGUCACAGUCACCCAACAAUAUGGCGGGCAAUCCAGUGGAUCCAAGCUGACCAUGCUGUUGUAGCUACCCAGUUGGUGCUAGAAUCUCGUGGCGAGCCUCCCAAGAAACGGCAGAAGAGGGUGUACAAGAAUCUACAAACACGAAUGAAGAACCUCUGCCAAGAUCGCCGUGAUGGUCGCAAAUCAGUUGAGGAGUUUUUACAUGGAGCGGGUCACAACAUUCGAUGGAAGUCCUAAGCAUUAUAAGAAAAGUCAUAAAAUGUAUAGAAAUAAAGUGUGAACAAAUUUUAGCUGAUUGUACUGUCUGAUUGUAUCGUUUUUAGCUUGAGUUUUUUUUAGCACAUUUUGUACUGUGCCAUUUUUUCCUAGACUAAACAAUGUGCCAUUUUUUCCUGUGCCUUAUUUUCCUGUGCCAUUUUUUCCUGUGCCAUUUUUUCCUGUGCCAUUCUUUCCGGUGUAAUUUUUUCCUACAUUCGGAGCGAAAGACACAGCCACUCAUGGGCAGCGAUGCAAACAUGUUAGGAGAAAAAGAAGCCAAUGUUCAUGUAUUGUUUUCAAUAAAAUCUCGAACGUACAAAGCUAUCUGCAUACAAGUCAGUCAUGAGUGAAAACCAUCAUUAAAACUGAGUAGUGUGAAUUGUUUCAAAUUGAGUGAAUAGUAACAUUUGUUUAUAAUGAGUUUGGAACAGUCAAACCUUCCAGCAGCGUGUGGCAUUCUGCAGGGCAUGUAAAAAUAUCUGAAUGGCCUUCUUGUCUUGGGCCACGACUUCCAACACAUCAUUAUGUUCAGGUACAAUGCCAUAAUACAGUGUGAGGUCAUGACUGAUACAUCCAAUUCAUGCUAAAAUAUUCUGCAGAGUGGCUUGUAUUUGCACAGAUGAUGAAGUAAGACAGGUCUGAAGAAGUGAUACAUAGGAUAGAUAGAACAUAUCCUUAAUAUGGCUGAAUGUGAACAGCAGGGCAAGGGACCUCGCUCUCACCCCUGUGAAUGACCUGUGACCUGGAGAGCUGCUAGACCUGGUCCCUGCAUCACAGUUUCCCCUUGCUCCAUUCCAUAAAUGUUUCAAAUUGAGUGAAUAGUAACAUUUGCUUAUAAUUUAGUUAUAUUAUUAUUCGUUAUAUUAUAAUACUAGCAGUCUGUCUAGACUAGGAUAAUAAAUAGGGAUACCUAAGAGAUGAAUGCACCCAAAACGCAGAAAUAGUGUGAAAAUACUAGCAAAGAGACGCUUUGACAUUUCAUUUGAUAACUGCCGUAUGUACAGUACCAUGCAACAAGUUUCACUAGCCAUAUUGGCCAACAUCAGGCAUCAUUUUGACCCAUGUCUUAA